UUUUUCAUUUUGUUGAUCCAAUAUUGAAGUGACUAUAUAAGAUCAUUUACACCUGUUAACAAAUGUAAAUCUGCUCACUUAAUUGCUAUUGUAUAUUUAUUCAAUGGUGAACAUAUUAUUUUUAACUUUAUCAAAUAUAUUUAUCUUUAACUUUGCACAAAGUCAAAGAAAUUUACUCAGUGAAAUAGUUAAAUCAAGAUGUAUUCAGUGGACGAUUGAACAUAGAGCUUACGAUAUUAGUUGUAAUGAAGUCUGGAAUUCGUUUGAGAGUAUUUUACUUUCUCCUGCUGCUCAAUCAGAAUGUGUUAUGAAAUCAGAGUUAUACGAUGAUUUUGUUAGACAUUUAUUUGAACUGGAACAGCAAAAUCAGCAACAAAAUUUAACACAAAGUGAACGAUACUUCCAUUCUCAAGUGUUGAAAGUCAUUCGAGGGAUAUGUAAACGUCUUGGAGUAUGUCGCUCUCUAGAAACCACAUUUGCAGGAUAUCUAUUUGAUGAUUUGGAUUGGUGUGAUGGUAGUUUAACAGGCAACACAAAAUACGGGACUGCAUGCGGAUGCAAUUCUAGCAGUAGUGUUGUUUAUGCGUUCUGGAAAAGUGCUUCAGCUGAGUAUGCCAGAAGAGCAUCUGGUAACAUCUCUCUUGUACUGAAUGGAUCGGCCAAGGCUCCAUUUGAUGAAAAUAGAACUUUCGGGAAAAUUGAACUACCGCAGUUAAAAUUUCCUCGAGUAAAUCAAAUAACUGUGAAGUUAAUUUAUAAUUUAGACGAUACAGGUUACCGACAAAGAUGUGAUUCAUGGAGUCUGCAGGAACUUGCGAAGAAGCUGAACUCAGCAAAUAUUCCUUUUCUUUGCAUUGAUGAUCCCUUAGAGUUCAGACAUUAUCACUGCAUCGAAAAUCCUUACAAACAACGAUGUCAGUUUUCAGCUUCUUCGAAUUUAAACAUCUUCAAACUUCCGCUCAUACUUUUUUCCCUACUCGUUUUUUUAAUUUCAUAUAUCCUCAUGUAUUGAAAGAAUACUAUAGAACUAUAAUUUAAACAACGAAAGUGACCCAUCGUACUAUCAAAUAGGAAACAAUGACAAUUCCAUGACAGAAAUAUUCUUUCCCAUGAUACAUUUUACUGAUGCUGCACUUCUGCAUUUAUCUUUAUCUAGUAAAUAUACUUGUUCAUUGAAAAUUUGGAAUCAAGAGAUAUCUGUGGUGUUUGAAUGAACUAGUGACUUCUUGGUUAUGAAAAUGCCUGAUUUCGAAUUCUAAAUACAGUACAUUCUUUCGUGCUUA